AUUGGGAUAAAGAUGAGUUGAAAAUUCCUUUCAAUGGAAAGGAUUACAUUAUUCCGGUUACUAUGCACAAAGUCAAGAAUAAACUUGAAGUAAAUUGCGCUACUGCAUCUCAGGAUGAUAAGCCUUUGGUAUCCGAUCAAAUUUCUCAAGAGACAGAUAGUGAUAAGGAUGACAGUAUAUCAUUCGAAAAGUGGCACGCUCUGCGGAUUUUAGCCCAGAUUCUAACGAUCCGUUAUUAA